AUGAAUAUGGCUAACAGAUAUCAGUGUAGCAAUCAGCCAUUUUACCAGGAAUGGAUUGUCGAUAAUGAUGGUAAAUUUAAUGUUAUGUUUGCUUGUAAUGACCUCAUAAAUUCUGUACUUCAUGAGGGUGGUACAGAGUUACACGCAGAUGGAACAUUUAAAGUUGUGCCAUCUAAUCCACGCUGCAGACAACUUCUCAUUUUACAUCUAAUUUUACAAAAUCACUCCAUCCCUGUUUGCUUUGUAAUGAUGGAAGCUAAAACAGAGGCUUCUUACAAAAAGGUGUUUGAGCGAUUUAAAAUUAAAUUUCCUACAGUAAGACCCACAACAAUUAUGAUAGAUUUUGAGACUAGCCUUCGAAAUGCUUUAAUUGCAAUAUACCCAGAAGCAACCAUAUUGUCCUGUUGGUUUCAUUAUAUACAGAGUCUUCAGAAGAAUAUUAAAAAAUUGGGGUACACACAUCAUGUAAAAAUAAACAUGGCAGCAAAAAUGUGUGUACAAAUGACUGCAGCAUUAGCACUAUUACCAUCACAUGAAAUAGAAAGAGGUUUUGAAGAAAUUAAAACAUAUGCUCAAGCUAAUAAUGUUCAGCUACCAAGGUUUUUUACAUAUUUUUAUAGGUAA